GCUACUGUGUCUUUCACCUUUUCUCUGUCUCUUCAUCUCUCUGCUUGUGUCACUGUGAAGAGUCUGAUUUACCCCGUGUUUGUUUCUUCGGUUGAAAACUCUGCAGUUCAGAGAGAAUCUAAAGCAGGGUUUCUUUCUUUCUAAUCUUCAAGCUUUUAUUAUUAACUCGAAGAAUACGUAUAACACACAUUAUCUCUACCAUCUCAACACGUUAAUGGAGGCAAAAUCAGCGGUAGACUCUUCACCCAUGUCCAUUCAAGAACAUCAACAUUCCCCACCAGAGGCCUCACCGAAACCCUACAGCAAGAAAUCAUUCGUCACUACGCUGAUGGAAGUAGCCACUCUUCGAACUCCUGCUUUCAAAGAGGACUCCUACUUCAUCUCAAGUCUCAAAUCGUCUGAAAAGAAAGCUCUACAAGAACUCAAGAACAAGCUCGUGCACUCUCAUGGCUCUGACAGUGAGUGCUCCAUGUGGGGUAUUCAUCUUCUGGGUGGUGAUGAAAAAGCCGACGUGAUACUUUUGAAGUUUUUGAGAGCAAGAGACUUCAGAGUCCUGGAUUCUUUUAACAUGUUGGAGAAGUGUUUGGCUUGGCGUAAGGAGUUUGGUGCAGACGGCGUCGUUGGGGAAGAUUUGGGGUUCAAAGAACUUGAAGGUCUGGUAGCCUAUAUGCAAGGGAACGAUAAAGAAGGACACCCUGUUUGUUACAAUGCUUAUGGAGUUUUCAGAGAUAAAGAUAUGUAUGAAAGGAUUUUUGGAGAUGAAGAGAAGCUGAAUAAAUUUUUAAGGUGGAGAGUUCAAGUGUUAGAGAGAGGCAUAAAUCUUUUGCAUUUUAAGCCUGGUGGAAUCAAUUCCAUUAUUCAAGUUACUGAUCUUAAAGACAUGCCUAAAAGAGAGCUUAGAGUUGCCUCUAAUCAGAUCCUCUCUUUAUUUCAAGAUAAUUACCCUGAAAUGGUUGCCCGCAAGAUUUUCAUCAAUGUGCCAUGGUACUUCACUAUGCUGUACUCAAUGUUCAGCCCGUUCCUAACUCAGCGAACUAAGAGUAAGUUUGUGAUUUCUAAGGAAGGACAUGCUGCUGAGACUCUCUACAAAUUUAUAAGGCCAGAAGACAUUCCAGUGCAAUAUGGUGGGCUGUGGCGACCCAGUGAUCUGAACAACAGCCCUCCAAAAUCGGCUUCCGAGUUCACUGUUAAAGGAGGAGAGAAAGUUAAUAUUCAGAUUGAGGGGAUUGAGGCUGGUGCUACAAUAACAUGGGACAUAGUUGUGGGAGGCUGGGACUUGGAAUAUAGUGCAGAGUUUGUUCCCAAUGCUGAGGGGAGCUACACAAUAGCAGUCGAGAAACCCAGGAAGAUUUCUCCAUCAGAAGAAGCUAUUCACAACUCAUUUACAUCAAGGGAAGCUGGCAAAAUGGUGCUUUCCGUUGACAACACCGUCUCCCGGAGGAAAAAGGUUGCUGCAUAUCGCUACAUUGUUCGGAAAUCCGCCCAUGUCUAAGAUGUUUAAAUACUUCUAGUUAGAUCUUGAAAGAGUAUUUUGCUUAUCAUAAUCUGCUCAUUUUGGAGAGUAUAAUUACUUUAAUGGUUGUGAACUUAUUUUAGUCUACUUAGUAGUAAUGUGAUAUGUAAAAAUAUGGUGGUACCAUGUUUAUUUCGACGCUUUGUAUGGUUUCAUAUAUAGUGGACGAAAAGCAAAUUAACUUUGUUUAA